UGGAACUCGGAAGACAAUCAAGUCGCUGGUCGUGGAUUCCACGACAAAUUUGGGAAAUGAUGAAAAGGGUCUAGUCACUGUUGCCAUGGAGUCAGAGGCAAAUUCGUUCCGCGUGGAAUUCCCAGACUUCUCCUGUUCCAUCCUGCAAAAGCUAAACCAGCAGCGGCAGCGGGGCCAGCUUUGUGAUAUCACAGUGGUGAUCCAGGGCAGGCACUACAGAGCCCACAGAGCAGUGCUGGCGGCCAGCUCGCCAUACUUCUGCGACCAGGUGCUGCUGAAGAACAGCAUGCGUGUGGUCCUGCCGGACGUCAUGCACCCCUGCGUGUUCGAGAGCCUGCUGCAGUCAUGCUACACAGGAAGCCUCCAGCUCCCCGUGGGAGAGGUCGUGGGCUUCCUCACAGCCGCCAGCUUCCUGCAGAUGUGGCACGUGGUGGACAAGUGCACCGAGCUGCUCGGGGGGAGUCCAGCUGUGCUUUGCCACAGGUCUGGAUCCGGCAGUGACCACCUCUCUCCCGGCGAGGACAGUGCCAGUGAGGGCCUGGACCUGGACACAACUGCGGGUCAAGCGGAGUUCUCGAAAGCCUGUGGCGGCAGAGACGGAGAGCUGGAUCAGCCAGUGGACGAGAACAGUUUCUCUCCACAGGGGCUGGGGCAGUGCGCCGCUCCUGGAAGCCCCCGGUCAGCCGAGCAGGGGCAAUCAUGUGCUGAUCCGGACGGGCAGGAUGGAGGGGGCGACGAAGCGGAGUAUCAGUAUGCCAGACCAGCCUACAUCCAGCCCAGCAUCAUGUCCCACAAGAGGUGGAUCCAGGUGAAAGCAGAGAGGAUGGAGCAGGAGGGCUGCCAUGGCUUCUCAGGGGUAGGGGCCACCGAAGAGCCUGAAGGCUCAGACAUGGGGCUCCAAAACCGCACCGAGGACCACUCUCAGCUGGGUGGUGCCGGCAGCCCGUUCGGCGCAGACCUGGAGGAGAAGCUGGGGGCCAAGCCAGGGCAGAGCCGGGGGAAGGGGCAGGGGUACGAGGAAUCACUGGACUUCUACGGGGCGUCCAUGGAUGAGUUCACCGGCGAUCACGGUGCAGGUCCCCUCGACAACGACGCCCUGGACGAGGACCCGGAACGCGACGCAGGAGGAGGGGGAGGGGGAGAGGACGCAGCCGACCCCGCCGGGGGCGCCCAGGAGGACACGUCCCACGCGGGCUUCUCGUCGGGCUACAAGCUGUACCCCUGCCAGUGCGGGAAGAGCUUCACCCACAAGAGCCAGCGGGACCGGCACAUGAGUAUGCACCUGGGGCUGCGGCCCUACGGCUGCGCCGUCUGCGGCAAGCGCUUCAAGAUGAAGCACCACCUGGUGGGCCACGUGAAGAUCCACACGGGCAUCAAGCCCUACGAGUGCAGCGUCUGCAGCAAGCGCUUCAUGUGGAGGGACAGCUUCAACCGCCACGUCUCGUCCUGCACCCGGUCCCACCAGGCCCGCCGUGCUGUCGCCGAGCAGCCCACCCAGAUCUGCUGAUCCAGGAUCAGCCCCGACUGCCGGGUCCCGCAACUCAGCAACCCAUCAACACCCCAACCGACUGACCUCAGCACAGGCCUCUGCUUGGGUGCAGGGGACCUCAUGUCUGCAGUGCCCUCAAACGCAGAGGCAGCUGCAGCACUCAUGCAGUAGCGCCCAUGCAGUUACCUGGGAAACUUUGGUGCGAGACCACUUUGAAAUGGAGCUUGGACCUUUCUUUAUUUUGUGCUUUCUCAAAGUUGUACUUGUUUUUCAAUGUACUACCUUAUUUUUUUCUUUUGCUGUUAAAACUUGGUAACGUGGUCUUUGACCGAGGCUACACUGGAGUCUCACAGAAGGAGUGAAAUUCUGCAGCAUUAAGAUCAUUUCUGAAGAACUGCAAGUUAUUUUUUUAUUUAAU